AAACUUGUUGUUCGCCGGACCGCCUGGCACUUCCAUGUUGACAGCCGAGCCAGUCUCGGUAGAGAUUUUAUUGAAAUGGAAAGUUAAUAAAUGUUUCUCUGAUAUACAAUAGACUAAACUAUUUGGCAAUGCCGUUUAGUAACAGCCUAAAUUGCUGUAGGACUAGUCUAUCAUGGCGGCACUAGGAGCGGAACGUGGCGAGGCGUCUAAAGUCGAAGAAAAGAUAAACACCCAGAAGACAGCCGACUCAUGGAAACGUCAUAUCAUCCGCCAACUCAAACAUCGGGAUAAGUAUCAGAAGGCGAUGUUUCAAGAUGUCAUACUGGCAUAUAUUAAUCUGCUGGAGAGGUCCAAUCAGAGAGCCCUCAUCACGAAAGGCAUCCUGGGAUCUGGCUCAAGGUACCCUGCCUCCUCCAACGACUCCUUGACGUCUCUGAUUUCCAAGAAUGAUGAUCUGAAGAAAACAACUGGGGAGCUGGCCUACCAGGUAUUGGAGCUCCAGCAGGAGAUUAAGAUCAAAGACUCCGUACUGGAAGAACAACAUGCCAGGAUGUGUGAGGUGAAGAAGGAUCUGCUGGGGGUGAAGGCUGAGGAUGGAAGUCUGGCGGUGCGUGUUGCCGAGGUAACGGAGGGGAACCGGCUGUUGAAACGGGAGUACGACUCCCUGCUGGAGCAGCACCAUGAUAUGGACCAGACCUUCAGAGAGGAGAAGCUCAGAGGUCAGGAAAUGCUGGAGGAACUGGUCCGGAGGAAGCAGCACGCAGCCAUCAGGAUGAACAGCCGCAACGAGAGACGGGUCAGAGCCAGAGAGGCAAGUCUUCAGAAGGAACUGGAGACCGCCGGGAAGGUGAAGGUGACCAUUGAUGUCGGGUCGGUCAGUGCCCCGGCCUCCAGAGAAGCCUCCCCUAAGAGUGAUCUGGCUGAGAGACGGACAACUAGACUGUUCAGGUCAGCCUCAGUAACAUCCCCUCCCAGGAUUCUAGAUUCCAUCAAAGAGCUUUUUGAUAGAAAGAAGCGUCGGGGGAACUCGCUGUGUCUGAGUCUGGAGGAGGAGCUGUAUGUUCCUGUAGGGAUCUGUCUGGCUGCCAGGGUCCCUGUUAGGGCUCUGCAUGUCCUGGAUGCCCAUGAGUUGGGCAUUAAUGCAGUGAGGUUCAGCUCCAGUUGUAACCUGCUUGCUACUGGAGGGACAGACAGAUCCAUUAAGCUGUGGGAUGUUAAAGCAGGCAUGCUCCACAACAGAGGUACACUAGAUGGCAGCAAUGAAGGAAUAACCAGCAUAGAGUUUGACCAAACAGGCACCAGGGUUAUAGCAGCGUCAUAUGAUAAAUCAGCUCUGUUCUGGCGGCUGGAUGACUCUGCUCCCAAGCUCACUCUGACAGGCCACUCACGUAAAGUGACAGCAGCCAAGUUUAAAUGCAGCCUGCGCCAGGUGGUGACAGGAAGCGCAGACAGGACCGUCAAGAUCUGGGAUCUCCACCGCGCUGCUUGUAUCCAGACCAUUGAGGUUCUAUCUUACUGCAGUGAUGUGGUGUGUUCUGAGCACGUCAUCGUCAGUGGACACUAUGACAGGAAGAUACGCUUCUGGGACAGCAGGGCUGCCAGUUGUACCCAGGAGGUUCCUCUCCAGGGGAAGGUAACAUCUCUGGACAUCUCUACUGACCACCGUCAGCUCCUCAGCUGCUCCAGAGACGAGAGUCUGCAGGUGGUCGACCUUCGCAUGAACAGUUCCAGAAUAUGCUUCAGAGCUGAGGGCUUCAAAUGUGGCUGUGACAGCACCAAGGCUAUAUUCAGUCCUGAUGGGAGCUACCUGGCAGCAGGAUCAGCAGAUGGAGCCGUUUACAUCUGGAACGUCAACUCUGGCAACCUGGAGACACAACUACCGGACAUGCACAGUUCGUCCAUCAACGCGGUGGCCUGGUCUGGGUCCGGGGAGUACGUGGUCAGUGUGGACAAGAGCCGGCGUGCCGUCCUCUGGAGUGGCAUUUAAAUAGUCUGGUCAACUGGCCAGCCCACAGACCCAUUCAAACAUCAGUUUGGGGUUAGGUUUAGAAGGUCAUCUGAUCAUUGGCUGAGAGAACACAUUGGAUGUUUAACAUGGCUGAGAGAACACAUAGGAUGUUUAACAUGGCUGAGAGAACACGGAACACGUUGGAUGUUUAACAUGGCUGAGAGAACACGGAACACGUUGGAUGUUUAACAUGGCUGAGAGAACACGGAACACGUUGGACGUUUAACAUGGCUGAGAGAACACGGAACACAUAGGAUGUUUAACAUGGCUGAGAGAACACGGAACACAUUGGAUGUUUAACAUGGCUGAGAGAACACGGAACACAUAGGAUGUUUAACAUGGCUGAGAGAACACGGAACACAUAGGAUGUUUAACAUGGCUGAGAGAACACGGAACACAUAAGAUGUUUGUCUCACUCCUGCUACCAGUCUGACAGAACGUAACGGGGGUGAUAUCCCACGGUUGCCUGGCUACCGAUCAAACAUCACUCAGGUUAAACGCCACGCCCACUAACGUUUUCUUCUUCACCAUGAGUCUGGAUUACUCCCCCGAAGACUUCCUGAAAGCGAACACAUUCAAACCGUUCUGAUUGGUCCCAGAACCCCGAUGGGUUGGACCAGAACUGGCCUACACGAUUCAUGAAUGACGUAGUUUUGACGUCAGCACAAAGGACUUCUAGGACGGCAGGUUCAGACGGAUGUAUGGCGCUAGUGAUAGAGCAGCGGAAUGAAAGGUUGAGUCGACAGAUCUGACACGGUCUGCUGUUUUUCUGGCAGAAAAUCACAAAUACAAUAUCUGUCUUUCAAAAAAGUCAAUGGUUUCAUUUUGUUCUCUCCAUGAUUGUAUAGGGUCAUAACGGUGCCAACAUAACUCCAUAGUGUUGCUUUGCCUUUUUUUGUAAACAAGCAUUUGUUCUGUCAAAACAACUUUUUUUUUUACUUAGUAGUUGAAAAAUGUAUGUGGUGUCUAACCAUUCGUAUUUGGGGAAGGAAAAGCAUGGGUUAUGCUUGACGAGAAACUAAUACACUAGUUAUUCAGGGAUAAGGAUUCAUAUCCUCUGCUUCAAACAAUUGGAGGUAAAGUUUCAUGCUCUAGGCUGGCUUACAGAAAACACUACCAUAUCAGACAGUGUUAGAGUCACUACUGGUCUGCUGGUCUAUUAGCUGAUACAUUAUGGAAAAACUAUCAUGACAACUGUGAUAAUAUGAUGAAAGGUUUUAAUCUAAGCUACAUGACACAUGUACAGGGCUGAAGGGAACGGAGUUAUCUGGAGGGUUCUGAAGGGAACAGGGUUAUCUUGAGGGUUCUAAACGGUUAUCUUGAGGGUUCUAAAGGGAACGGGGUUAUCUGGAGGGUUCUAAAGGGAACAGAGUUAUCUGGAGGGUUCUGAAGGGAAUGGGGUUAUCUUGAGGGUUCUAAACCGUUAUCUUGAGGGUUCUAAAGGGAACGGGGUUAUCUGGAGGGUUCUAAAGGGAACAGGAUUAUAUUGAGGGUUCUAAAGGGUUAUCUGGAGGGUUCUAAAGGGAACAGGGUUAUCUUGAGGGUUCUAAAGGGAACGGGGUUAUCUGUAGGGUUCUAAAGGGAACAGGGUUAUCUUGAGGGUACUAAAGGGAAAAUGGUUAUCUUGAUGGUUCUAAAUGGAACAGGGUUAUCUUGAGGGUUCUAAAGGGUUAUCUUGAGGGUUCUAAAUGGAACAGGGUUAUCUUGAGUGUUCUAAAGGGAACAGGGUUAUCUUGAGGUUUCUAAAGGGAACAGGGUUAUCUUGAGGGUUCUAAAGGGAACGGGGUUAUCUUGGGGGUUCUAAAGGGUUAUCUGGAGGGUUCUAAAUGGAAUAGGGUUAUCUUGAGGGUUCUAAAAGGUUAUCUUGAGGGUUCUAAAGGGAAUGGGGUUAUCUUGAGGGUUCUGAAGGGAACAGGGUUAUCUUGAGGUUUCUAAAGGGAACAGGGUUAUCUUGAGGGUUCUAAAGGGAACGGGGUUAUCUUGGGGGUUCUGAAGGGUUAUCUUGAGUGUUCUGAAGGGAACUGGGUUAUCUUGAGUGUUCUGAAGGGAACUGGGUUAUCAUGAGGGUUCUAAAGGGAACGGGGUUAUCUUGGGGGUUCUGAAGGGAACGGGGCUAUCUUGGGGGUUCUAAAGGGAACAGGGUUAUCUUGAGUGUUCUGAAGGGAAUAACCAGCUGUUGCUGGUCUGUUAUUGAGAACAGAUGGAACUUAACAUCUUUACCAUUCCUCACGGGGAUAUUUACUUGGCUUUUGCCCACAAUCAGUAAUACAGCUGGACAACAUUUAGCAUUUAGUAAUAAAAUCAUAUUGAGGUGUUGAUGAGAACAAUACACCUGUCUCUCUCUCUCUCUCUCUCUUUCUCUCACUCUCUCUUUCUCUCUCUCUCCUCUCUCGCUCUCUCUGUCUCUCUCUCUUUCUCUCGCACUCUCUCGCUCUCUCUGUAUCUCUCUCUCUCUCCUCUCUCGCACUCUCUCUCUCUCUCUGUGCCUCUAUGCAGUUAUACUCAGUGAUUCAGAUUUAAAAUGCUGAGUUGCAUUCAGUAGCCGUUUGGCCUCUCAGCUUUGAAGAGCAUUUGGCCUGUCAACUUCAGUCCCCCGUCUGGAUCAAACACACUCUUUAUGUAAAGCUGAGAUGGAUGCCAUUUUACUUCUCUCAUUCCUCCGUGUUUUCAACAUUCACAAAUUGUCUUUUUUUUUAAAUAUAUAUAUACUGUACACUCUGCGUUUUAUAAUGAUGUGGUGAUAAUGUCUCUUAACUAACAGAUGGUCUCUGUUAAACAGUUAUUGGUAUGUCUCAAAUGUUCUGGAUUAACUAAGGGAUAUCCGUGUGUGUGUGUGUGUGUGCGUGCGUGCGUGCGCGUGCGGGAGGGAGGUAUAGUUUGAUGUGCUUUUUAUUCUAUAUGAGGUUAUGGGAUAUGCCAUUACAGCCAGCUCCAAAACUAUUGCCACCCCUGAUAAAGAUUAGCAAAACUAGACUGUGUAAAAUCACAAAUCAAUUUCUCAAGAGAAAGAAAUUUAACAAGUGAUCAUUUUUUUUCCCCCUUAAAAAGAUAAGGGUCAAUUGGUACCCCUGUUUUCAACACAUUGCGAGGAUAACGGCACUGAGCCAGAAAUAUUCUGUAUGGCUGAAUGGUCUAAGAUCCCUCCCAAUGUGUUCUCCAAUGUUCUCCCAAUGUGUUCUCCCAAUAUGUUCUCCAAUGUUCUCCCAAUGUGUUAUCCAAUGUUCUCCCAAUGUGUUCUCCCAAUGUUCUCCAAUGUUCUCCCAAUGUUCUCCCAAUGUGUUAUCCAAUGUUCUCCAAUGUUCUCCCAAUGUGUUCUCCAAUGUUCUCCCAAUGUUCUCCCAAUGUGUUCUCCCAAUAUGUUCUCCAAUGUUCUCCCAAUGUGUUAUCCAAUGUUCUCCCAAUGUGUUCUCCCAAUGUUCUCCAAUGUUCUCCCAAUGUUCUCCCAAUGUUCUCCCAAUGUGUUAUCCAAUGUUCUCCCAAUGUGUUCUCCAAUGUUCUCCCAAUGUUCUCCAAUGUUCUCCAAUGUUCUCCCAAUGUGUUCUCCAAUGUUCUCCAAUGUUCUCCCAAUGUGUUCUCCCAAUGUUCUCCAAUGUUCUCCUAAUGUGUUCUCCAAUGUUCUCCCAAUGUUCUCCAAUGUUCUCCCAAUGUGUUCUCCCAAUGUUCUCCAAUGUUCUCCAAUGUUCUCCCAAUGUUCUCCCAAUGUUCUCCCAAUGUGUUCUCCCAAUGUUCUCCCAAUGUUCUCCAAUGUCAUAAAACAUUUUAGGAAAAGGCUCAGUGCCGUUAUUCUCGCAAGGUGAGGUGUUGAAGGUUAUGGAAAACGGGUGGCGACAAUUUGGACCCCUGUCUUUUUGAGAAAACGUUAUGUUACUUGUUAAACAGAAUCUCUUUCUCUGAGAAAUUCCAAUUGUAUUAGUAUAAAAUAUAUAUAUAUAUACACACACACACACACACACACACACAGUGGCAAGAACAAUUAUAUGAACUCUUUGGAAUUACCUGGAUUCUGCAUAAAUUGGUCAUUUGAUCACAACAAUAGACAAACAUUCCUCUUCAGUUCAGUAAUAUUCUUGGGAUGUCUGGUGUGAACGGCUCUUUGGGAUGUCUGGUGUGAACUGCUCUUUGGGAUGUCUGGUGUGAACUGCUCUUUGGGAUGUCUGGUGUGAACUGCUCUUUGGGAUGUCUGGUGUGAACUGCUCUUUGGGAUGUCUGGUGUGAACUGCUCUUUGGGAUGUCUGGUGUGAACUGCUCUUUGGGAUGUCUGGUGUGAACUGCUCUUUGGGAUGUCUGGUGUGAACUGCUCUUUGGGAUGUCUGGUGUGAACGGCUCUUUGGGAUGUCUGUUGUGAACUGCUCUUUGGGAUGUCUGUUGUGAACUGCUCUUGGGAUGUCUGGUGUGAACUGCUCUUUGGGAUGUCUGGUGUGAACGGCUCUCUGGGAUGUCUGUUGUGAACUGCUCUUGGGAUGUCUGGCGCGAACUGCUCUCUUGAGGUCAUGCACAGCAUCUCAAUCGGGUUGAGGUCAGGACUGACUGGGCCACUCCAAAAGGAAUCAUUUAUUCUGUUCAAGCCAUUCUGUUGUUGAUUUACUUUUAUCUUUUGGGUCGUUGUCCUGUUUUUAAAAAAUAUUAUUUGUAAAAAUUAUUUAACAAGGCAAGUCAGUUAAGAACAACUUCUUAUUUUCAAUGACGGCCUAGGAACAGUGGGUUAACUGGUCUAGGAACAGUGGGUUAACUACCUUGUUCAGGGGAAGAACGACAUAUCACCCAACUGUUGCAUCACCCAACUUCUGUUGAGCUUCAAUUGGUGGACAGAUAGCCGAACAUUCUCCUGCAAAAUGUCUUGAUAAACUUGGGAAUUCAUUUUUUCCGUUGAUGAUAGCAUCUGUCCAGGCCCUGAGGCAACACAGCAGACCCAAACCAUGAUGCUCCCUCCACCGUACUUUACAGUUGGGAUGAGGUUUUGAUGUUGGUGUGCCGUGCCUUUUUUUUCUCCACACAUAGUGUUGUGUGUUCCUUCCAAACAACACAACUGUAGUUUAAUGUAUCCACAGAAUAUUCUCCCAGAAGCGCUAUGGAACAUCCAGGUGCACUUUUUCAAACUUCAGACGUGCAAGCAAUGUUUUUUUUUUUUUGGACAGCAGUGUCUUCUUCCGUGGUGUCCUCCCAUGAACACCAUUCUUGAUUAGUGUUUUACGUAUCGUAGACUCGUCAACAGAGAUGUUAGCAUGUUCCAGAGGUUUCUGUAAGUCUUUUAGCUGACACUCUAGGAUUUUUCUUAACCUCAUUAAGCAUUCUGCGCUGUGCUCUUGCAGUCAUCUUUGCAAAACGGAGAGUAGCAACAGUGCUGAACUUUCUCCAUUUAAAGACAAUUUGUGUGUGUGUGUGUGUGUGUGUGUGUGUGUGUGCGUGCGUGUGAACUUUCUCCAUUUAUAGACAAUUUGUGUGUGUGUGUGAACUUAAUCCAUUUAUAGACAAUUUGUCUUACCGCUUCCAGUCUACACUUCUUAAUCUUAGGUCUUCUGAGAUCUCUUUUGUUCGAGACAUGGUUCACAUCAGGCAACGCUUCUUGUGAAUAGCAAACAAAGAUGUUGUGAGUGUUUUUUUAAAGGGCAGGGCAGCUCUAACCAAACAUCUCCAAUCUAGUCUCAUUGAUUGCGACUCCAGGUUAGCUGACUCCUGACUCCAAUUAGCUUUUGGAGAAGUCAUUAGACUAGGGGGGUUCGCAUACUUUUUCCAACCUACACUGUGAACGUUUAAAUGAUGUACUCAAUAUAGACAAGAAAAAUAUAAUAAUGGGAGUGUUAUUAGUUUUAAGUACACUGUGUUUGUCUGUUGUUGUGAUGAAGAUCAGAUCAAAUUUUAUGACCAAUUUUUGCAGAAAUCCAGGUAAUUCCAAGGGGUUCACAUACUUUUUUUUGCCUGUGUGUGUGUGUGUGUGUGUGUGUGUGUUUUAAUUGAGCAUAUACUAUAUCGUUCAUUAUUUGUAUUAUUAUUUAUAGUCUUUGUUGCUCAUCUUUACCACAUGUGCCAAUCUUUUUGUACCUGGCUGUAUCUGCUCUGUAUUCCUAUGGGAUAUAUACCAUAUUUAUAUAGUGUAUAUUAUUCCUGUAUGACUCAUGUCAGCUGUGCUGCUAUAGGUGUUUCCACAAAACAGUUCUAAGGGAUAAUGUAAUGGCAUUAUGAAUAAGUUUAAACCUCAUUCUUCUUGUUCUUUAUUUUUAUUUGUUUGCGCUAAAUAAACUAAUUUAUUAGUUAAACUAA